AUGCGUCGCGGGAGCUCGUUGAAUAUAGCCAACUUUUCCCGCCCAAACCUCGCUCGACGACUGCGGUGGUUCAACCGUGAGGCUAUUCACAACAGCGGUUUCCGACCCCUUCCUACUUACCCUCCUUCGUUCCCCACACCCUGCAUUUCUGGCCAAUCAAAUCGCACCAAUCGCGCCAAUCCCAACCCGGCCACUCCCGCUCACUCGCCGCUCCUGCACGCUCACACGAACAUUCUCUCCUCCGCCUGCUUGUUCCGCCGAGCAUUCGCCGUCCUCCUUUCUGUGUUCUCCUCUCUCGUCGGCCUCGCCCAUGUCGGAUUGACUCGACUGCUCGGCUUCGUUCGCGACGCCCCCCCGAUUCGUCCAACGACACGUCCCUCUCCGUUCGAUUCGUUCCCUUCCUCGCCCGAGACGCGCCAACGGCCGGCCGGCUACACGGAGUCGCUGUCGUCUUGGCUGAACAUGGCCGCUGCUGGCGAUACGUCUCGAUACGAAUCGUCAGCCGGCGAACUCUCAUCGCCUCCCUCGGGCUCGCUCUCGGGGCCGGCCUCGCCCUCGCACCCCAAGAAGGGCCGCCAGCGGAAGAGCAAUCCGGCCAUGGACCGGGAAAUCGUCGUGGGCAGCAACCCGCACCAGCAGCAGUCUUCCGCACCGCCGGCGCAGGCGGCCCAACGGCAGAUCACCUUCCAGCAGUACACCCAACCCUCGACGGCUGCCACGACUGCCGGCGGCCGUCAGCAAGCCCCGAAGCGCUUCGAGUUCAUCGACGGCCAGUGGGUCCAGCUCACCGCCGCCGGUGUCCCCCGAAAGAAGCCUGGUCGAAAGCCCGGCACCGUCGCCAAACCUCGGCCGACGACGGCAUCGACCGACGGCCCCGAGCAGCCCAAGGCUCGAAAGCCGAGGAAGCCCCGCGAUGCCGACGCCGCCCCGUCCGCCUCUGCCUCUGCACCCGUCCAGCGCAAGCGCAAGGCCGCUACCGCGUCGGACGCCGACGCCGACGCCGACGCUACCGCCCAUCCCCUUGCCGCCGAGGCCGCCACUCAUGCUUCGUCCUCCACCCACCAGCAGCAAGCAUUGGACCGUCGAUGCUCUCCCAAGAUGCCCAAGCGCGAGGGCUACCCCGGCUCGAUGCAGAGCAUCCUCAACGCCGACACACCCUCGAAGCCGACGACCAGCACCGCUCCCGUCCGCAGCAGCGGCUUGAGCUACGAUCCAAUCCGAGGAAACUACGAUCCCGUCCGCGAAACAGCCACGCCGACGCAGCAUUCGCAGUCGAGCACCCCUCGAGCCUCGGCCCAGCAUGCCCGCGGCUCGCCAUCCAUCGCCAACAUGCUCGAGCCUCAGCCUCCCGCCGUGUCGUCGUCGAAUCAUGCCCAUCAGGGAUACCGCCUCGGCGGCACCCCAGCCCCUACCCAGUCCCGCCUGCAUACUCCUGCCUCGACGUCGGUGCCCCCUUCACCUCCCUACAGGCCGACGUCGACUCCCGCGCCCGCGCCCGCGCCCGCGGCUCCAGCUGCCGCGCCCGUGUCCGCGCCGGCGUCCGCGCCCUCGCCCGCACCGCACCGGGCCCCGCAGGAAUCGAAGCGCGCUGCUCCACCGCUGCCACCCCUCGUCCAGCGGCCUGCCGGCAACCAGGCCGACUCGGCGACGCUGUCGAACGGUGCCGUGCGUAAGAUCGACAAGUCUCACGCCGGCGUCUCCACCACGCCCAAGCCGGACGGUGCGAAUCAGCCGUCAGAGGGCAGGUCCAUCCUUGACUUUGGCAGGGUUGAACUGCAGGCUCCGAGCAUUGUUCUCCAUGUCGCCAUCAAGAGCGGCGAGACCAACAAAUACGUCAACUUCAUGCGCAUGGCCCAGGAGCAGUACGGCUGGGAUGCCCUGCACCCUCGGCAGGCCGCCAACCGAGAUCGGAAAGCGCGCAUCGCCGCGGCGACGGCAUCCCUCGAAAAGACGGAGUACGGCAUAGAGUUUGUUCCCGUGUCGGAAGAUGAGCUGUCGGUGGACCUGUCCGACGGCGACGGGAGUCAUCCGGACAACGGCGGCACGAGCGGGCCGGAUGCGCGUGCCAAGCCCAAGAAGAAGCGAAACUUCAAGGAGGACGAGUACGACGUGUACGAUGACUUCGUCGACGACUCGGAACUGCUGUGGCAGGCCCAGGCAGCCGCCAGCAGAGAUGGCUUUUUCGUCUACUCGGGCCCUCUGGUCCCCGAGGUGGAACCGCCGGCCGCCGGAAAGGAAGUCCCUCCCAAGCGAGGUCGGGGCAGCAGAGGCGGCCGAGGCAGCAGAGGAUCAACCAGAGGGGGCGCCGCCGGUCGCGGAGGCGGCCCGGGGUCUCGAGGCGGCGGUGUCGCCCGCAAACCCCGCAUCACCAAGUCGGAAAAGCUUCAGCGAGAGAGGGAAAAGGCCGAAAAGGAGAGUGCGGCCCAGCUGUCCAAGACGACGCCAACGAGUGGCUACGUGCUGCAACCCACGACGCCAUCCUUGUCGAAAAAGGAACUGGGCUCUUGA